AUGAGAACCCUCGACAGCCUCCCUUCUGAGCUGCGACAGCAGAUCGUCUUGAACAGCAUAAGCUACGAAUUCCAGGAAGUCAUACCAACAUCGCCAGUGUUGCCAGCCGACGAGGAGCCGCCGUCCCCUAUCCCAAGAAUCCGGGUGCAUACUCCUCUCAGUGGUGUCUGCAAGAUUCUCCAAGCAGACACCCAGGAAGUACUCCGCCGUUGGCCUGACGCCAAAACGGGUUCGUUCGGCCCGCUUGAGACGCCAUGGGACUUGCGUUGCUUGAACCUUCUCAGCCGUUACUUCACACAGCGUGCCACCACCUUGAACCGCGCAUGGCCCGGUAUCCAGGAAAUGGAAAUUCACCUAUUCGACCAUCGCAAAACUUCCUGGGAUUAUCCCAAAGGGCAAAGCAUUGGAUACGACUUGGCUGCAGCACUGCAACAUGAAUGUAUUCUACGCGAGUGGUCUGGUGACUUUGAAGGAUGGAUCCCUGCAAGCAUUAAGGUUCUGAAGAUUGACCUAACGAUCCCAUCUGGGCCACUGAAAGUUCUGGAUGAAUGCGGCCAGGGAGGUGCUCACGUUCUAGAACACGAGCGAGUCGAAUUCCAGGGAAAGUUUUGGUACCACCUUUUCGACCAAGUAGUGCGUACACUUAGCAACAUCAUCUGGGACAACGGCUUCCUCAAUUUUCCCAACAAGAUGGAGCACAUUGCGCCAGCACUAGAGAAUUUGGUGAUUGAGACGAUUGGAACGGCUCCUGAUAGCCAGGUUUAUGCCAUGGCUAAUACGAGGGAAUUGUGGAGGGGAAAGUGGGAAAAAAAGCAGGAAAUACUUUCUGCCUAUAGUUCUACCGAUUCCAAGAUCGUCCUCGACUUGUCCAAUUACACGAGGCAGAUCAAGGCGAAACGAGUGGAGCUAGGGCUAGAUACUAUGGAGAAUGUAUGA